GCAUGUUAAAAUUGCAACUUUGUAGGUGCGAACAAAAAUUUGCCAUUUUGGGGUGUGUCCUUUAAAAGGCAAAUGAGCUGAUGAAAUCCAAACACUGAUCGCAAUGAUUCAGAUAAGGACACCGAACAUUAGAAAUAAGCAUAAUAUGCAGCCAAAGAAAAAAAGUUUAUAAAAGUUCAUAAAAGUUCAAAUCAGAGCAUUAAAAAAAUACGUGUAAGUAAUUUAGUUUUUCUUACUGUUCAAUCUGCAGGACACAGGGGAAAUGGCGGGAGAUCAGCCCAAACAGCAGGACAAAAUAUUUAAAUGCACACCCCAAAGCUGUAACAUAAGACUCUAUAUGCCUUCUGGAGAAAUACAGAGGCCUUCUGGUGAACUAAAAUCUGCCGAUCAACAUCAAGAGAAACAAGAUAAGACGAAACACGGAGUAAUAAACACAACCCACAGCUAUAAAGUAGAAGUUCGUGGACUCUAUAUGCCUUCUAAAGAAAUACAGAGGUCUUCUGGUGAACUCAAAUCUGCCGAUCAACAUCAAAAGAAACAAGACAAGACGAAACACAUAAAAGACAAGAGCAGCAUGAUUCAGCAGUACAAGACAUCAGUCAGUAAACUAUUUGAGUUCACGUGUAACCUUCCCUCAGAUGAACGUGUGCACCUGGACGCUUGUUAUAUUGAACCAGUGAUCUAUCAGAGGCGAAAAGAGCACCAGCACAGUCAAUAUGUACAAACUUGGUUGUUUUCAAAUGACAACAAUCAAAUCAUCCGACUCGACCAACUGUUCAGUCCUGACCGUGAUGGAAACAUACCAAGAACUGUGAUUCUCAGUGGAGAAUCUGGAAGCGGUAAAUCCUUCAUGUUACAAAAGAUCAUGUUCGACUGGGCCUCUGAAAGACUUUUCUGUGAAUACUUUGAAGUCGUUUUCCUUCUGAAAUUUGAAAUGCUGAAAUGUAUUUCUGAGAAGAUGAACUUAACUGAGCUCUUGAGCGAGAGUUGCAGUUUAGCAUCACAGGAGGUCACACAUAUACUGGAAUCUUCACCAGGAAAAGUCCUCUUCCUUAUUGAUGAUUUUGAGGAUGAGAUAUUUUCUCUUCACAGUCAGAUACCAGCACAAACUAGUGUCACAUACAAAGUAUCAAAUACCUCAACUAUUGAUGCUUCUUUUAGGAAGCUCUUAAUGGGAUGCUUGCUGCCAGAGUCGUAUCUUCUGGUCACCACCAGAUCUACAGCUGCAGUUACAGCAAACAACCUUCUCAAAGGACGACAGCGUUUCACUGAGUUAAUGGGCUUCUCUUUGAUGGGGAUUGAGGGGUACUUCAGGAAGUGCUUUCAGGAUGAACAGCUCUUCUUGGAAGCGUACGAGUGUUUGAAGUCAAAUGAAACCCUUGUUAAUGCCUGCUCUGUUCCUUUGCUGUGUUGGAUUGUCUGUUUUUGUCUGAAGAAGCAUGUUAUACACAGUAAAAGAGUUAUGAAGGAGUUGGAGACAACUACAUCCAUAUACAUGCAUUUUGUAUCUGCUGUACUAGAUGACCAUUGCAGGAGUCAGUCUGUCCUCACGCUGAAGAGAUUGGGUCAGCUAGCAGAGAAAGGCGUACCAGAGAAGAGAGCCCUGUUUGAUGCAGGGAUCGUGUCUGAGACCGGCUUGGAUGCUGACGGUUGUCCAUUUCUCAACAAAGAAAUUUUGAACAGAAAACAAAGGUUCAGGUCAAAUCCCAUUUCUCUCCUGUUCCUCUGUGGACUUUGUAGUCAGGAGUGCCUCUAUGAGUACCAGGAUGUGGAGUUUACGAGGAGAGCUCUUGAAAGUUGGGAAUCUCUGGAUUUGUCUUGUAUAUCCCUGAGGAGACUAGACUGUUGGGUGCUGCUAUACUGUCUUCAGUGCUGUCCACACAUCACACAAUUGAACCUCACACAGUGUGGUUUAACAGCUGAUAAACUCAGGAUUCUUCAGCCAGUGCUCUCUAUGUGUAAGAGUCUAAGAUUGACAGUGGAUCACCUGUCAGAAGUUGAAGAUUUGAUCCGAGAGCUUGGUACAUCAAAGAUGCUGGAAAAACUCAUUUGUCACAGCAAACAAGGAGAUGAAUACAGUGAUAGCUGCUACAAACUGGUACAUAACAGAUGGCCACUUGACCUGGCAGUCACAGAGGGAGAUUUUCUGUUAAGUUUUAGGUGUCGCUCCUUCAUCCAUGCCAUGAUGUCCGAAAUGCAAACUGAGAUAUGCGCUGAAAUCAUAAGAUCGGCCGGCUGGAACGACAGGUUACAUGUGAGCCUCUCGAAGAUGAAUCCACCAUGUCCCUCACUCUUAAAAAUCACUCUUACGUGUCCUCACUCAGAGAUAUCCAGAAAUGACUGGACAGUCUUCUUACAGAGACUCUGCAAGGCAGAAAAUCUAGCAGAGGAUUCUCCAGACGUCAGUUCACUGCUGUCAUGGCUUCACUUUGUGGGUCUGAAGACGCUGGAUGUGAAGGUGGUCAGUCUGACAGAGACCUGGGCUAGAGGGAUCAUUUCCAUUAUCCAGACUUGCACCAGUCUGCAGCAGCUAAGUAUUGAAGAACAGAGAGGCAGUCGUAACAGUCUCUUCUCAUCAUUCAGUUUUUUAGCUUGUGAUCAAGACAUCAGUCUGGCUGUAAGGCUCAGAUGGAAGAUGGAGGCUCUCUCAAGAGUCUGUCUUACUUGUCCACACUCAACAUUAAGCAGCUCGAACUGGAGAAUCUUCUUCCAGAGAUUUCAGAAAGUUUCUCAAUACCAAUCAGAGUGUUCCGAAGAUGUGGAUGCUUUGUUUUCUUUCCUGCGCUCUGUAAGUGGUUUGAAAAGAUUGGAGCUGAUGAUAUUUAACAUGAAUAAAUGCUGGGCCAUCUGGAUUCUCUCCCUCAUCCAAACCUGCACCAGUCUCCAAGAAAUCUGUGUCAGUGUUACUGGGUUGCUGGUGAUGGAGGCACACAUGUUACUACAGAAAUCACUGACGGAUCCACACUGCACUGUGAUCAUUCAAAGACUUAAGUGUAGUACACCUACCUACCACUGUACAGAGAACUGGAGUCACAUCUGUCAUGAGAAAGAGGAGAUUUGCUUUAAACCAAAAGUAGUGGAAAAGCUGAUUAUCCCUAAACUCAAUUCAAUGAAUCUUCCCACACUUUCUGUAUGUCAGUGUUGUGUUGACAUAGUUGAUUCUGAUCAGUGGGUUCAAGUUGAACCGUCAGUCUGUAAAGAUGAAGGAGAGUCAAAGUUCAGGAUCAGCACUGAGCCGGGUCAUUACGAGUGCAUCAGAACCAGAUUGCGAUGGGUUUGUGAUUGUGAUGUCACUCUUCAGUAUCAUACAGUGGACGGACGUUCCCUCACUGCAGAGCUGGAGAGACUUCAGUAUGAGCGAAUUGGUCCUGUGAUUGAUGUAACCGUGAUCUCUGGGAAACUGAAGGAGGCACAUCUCCCUCAUUACGCCUGUUUAGCAGAGUCUGACCCCUCGCUCAAAGAUGCUGUGAAGGUCCUCAGCCAAAAAGAUGAAGGGGUAGCUUUACAUCCUGUUGAGCUGACUCGCUUUCAUGCCAAAAUAGUCCAACCGUCAUUUUCCAUCACAACUCUCGUUAUAAGUUGGCUAAUGCAAUGGGAGGAACACUGCGAUCUUCUCCUCUACAUGCGAUGUAAAAGUCCUCUCAUACUUCAUGUCUACUUCUUUCCAUUGAAUGAUACUUGUUCAAAAAAAAAGGUUGAGCAAAAUGAAAGAUCAAGCCUUCAGAUCAGCCAUCCCAGACCUAACAGGCCUUUUCGGAUGAAAACACCUCACCUUCUCGAAGUUCUUGAUUCUUCUGUACAUCCCAUCGAGGGAAUUUCAUUUCGGAGAGACAUCCACCCAAACUUCUUCAAGGUUAAGCAGGAUCGAGAUGGUGAUGUAGAAAUGACUCUUAUUAGAGAAGAGGAUCGUACUCCUGUAUGGAAAGCAACAAUUUGGAAAAAUGAACUUCCAAGGCAAAUUAAAAAUGAACCACAGCGACAUUUUACGAUUGAUACGGAUCAGUUUGUUCUUAACCACUGGUCAAAUCUUGUUCAAAGAGUAAAAAAUGUGAAGAGUAUUGCAGAUAAACUGCUUGAGCAGAACAUAAUUAAAGAUGAACUGUACUCACAAAUAACACAUAUGAAUUUAACUAGCCAGGAUAGCAUGAGAAAGAUCUGUUCUGUUGUGGAUUCAGGUAGUAGGCUUGUCAAAGACAAAUUCAUUUCCAUUCUUCAGGAAGAGGAGCCCAACCUUUAUGAAGAACUGAUAUGUUCUGAUUGA